AAGAAAGGGUGCUUUAUGAUUGGAGAAACAUCGCAUUGACAAGAGCUUCCUAUUUGCCUGAAGAAUCUUCUCAGAGCUUAUUGACACCGGAUUAUUAUAAGGAUUAUUUUACGAAAGCCCUUAAGAAGAAAGAACUACAAUCUAUCAAGCCAGAUGAGACGCCAGAAAAAAGCUCAAAGACUGUCGUAAAGUCUGAUAAGUUGGACAGUAAAGUUAAAAGAAUUGGACCACACAUAGAAAUUUACCAAGUGUUCCAGGGAAAAAACAAACUCAUAUUUACUAAAAGAAUUAUUAAACUGAUCACCAUCACACAAGCACAUAUCAGGGGAUGGCUUGAGCGCAAAAGACUUCAAAGAAUAAAGACUAAGUCUUUAUAUCAUGGACCAAAUUUGAAAACAGUUAUCUGCAUGUAUCAGUGCUUAAUCCACCGCGUUAGACAUCGACUUGGUCUUUGGAGAACAAGACAAAUAAUAAACUUUGGAGAGUUAGAGGAAUGGAUGGACAGGAAAAAAUUCUAUGAAACCAUGUUUGCCAAGAGAGAAGACUGGCAAGGGUUAGAAAGAAGCGAAUUGCUGAAGUACUUCAAUGAUUGUGGUCAUUUCCCUACACAGAGCCAGAUCGACGAACACUUGGACCUGUUCCAUAGACACAGCCCAGGAAAAUACUCUGAAGUAAUCAAAAAGUCCAGUGCAAUUGAACUGUUAUUUACACUCUACCCUCCUCGAGGUGCCAAAGUGAACAUUAGCACAAGACUCCGGUCCACAUGGCUGAGACCCAUAGUGAAUGGAGAAGAAGGUUAUAAGUACAUAGUGAGUGGACAUCCAAUACUCAAGAGAGCUAACAUCCGGACUGCUGGCAAGUUGGUGGCUAGAUCCAUAAGGGAAAGGAAAAUGAGACAAUUUUAUAAAUUAUGAGAAGUGGGAUAAAGUUUUCAACACAGCACUCCUUUACCUAGUUGAACUGAUUGCCUAAGAAAUGCAUAUUAGUAAUGACCACAGAAUGAUUUGCUAUCAACAGGAUAAAAGACAAACAUCUUUGCCCAUGCAAAAGUGGACUUUGACAAGUUAGUUCAUCAUUAUAAGUGCAUUUGGAUAAGCGUGCUUUGUCUUCUUCAUUAAACAUCUACUAAUCAUAUGAA